CAUGGAAGGGGCUGUCUCACCUAGGACAGCGCGGAUGGAGGAUCGCUGAGAGCGGCGUUCCCCCCCGCCCGUCAUCGCCAGGUUUUUACAUUUCCUGCCCUGCUGCCCGCGUUCAUGUGUCAUUGAUGGGAAAUCAAAUCGAUCGGAUCACCCACCUGAAUUACAGCGAGCUGCCCACGGGCGACCCUUCCGGCGUCGAGAAAGACGAGCUGAGGGUGGGGGUCGCCUAUUUUUUCUCGGACGAGGAGGAUGAGGUGGACGUCGAGCGGGCUCCGGCCGAGCUGCAGUGGCCAGAGCCGAGCCCCCAGCAGGACGAGCCGGCCAGCAAAGGGGGGACGACGACGGGGACGGGGACGGCGGCGCCGGCGCCGGCGGCGGGCGAGCUGGAGUACUCCGCCUUCUGCCGCCAGGAGUGCAUCUUCUCCAAGCUGGGCGACAGCCAGGACCUGAGGGUGUACUCGGUCAACAGCCUGCUGCCCAGGUGCCGGGCCGGGGACUUGCUGGAGCUGCCGGCCAGCAGCGGCCAGGCGGCUCACUGGGCGGUCUACGUGGGCGGCAGCCAGGUGGUGCACCUGCACCAGCAGGAGAUCCGGCAGGACCACCUGGCCGAGGUGGGCGGCGGGCGGCUGGCCCGCAUCGUCAACACUUGGUACCGCUACCGGGCGCUGCCGCCCGAGCUGGUGGUGCAGAACGCCCGCGGUCACCUCGGCCUCAAGGGCCACGACGUCUGCUGGACCGACUCGGAGAGCUUCGCCGCCUGGUGCCGCUUCGGCAAACGGGAGUUCAAGGCCGGCGGCGAGGGGCAGAGUGGCGGCGGCGGCGGCGAGCGCCGCUACUUCCUCAAGCUGCACCUCUCGGACAACUGGGUGCACACGCUAAACUUUGCCAGCUUGGAGGAUUUGAUCAGGGAAAAGCGCCGCAAAGACGCCAGCGGGAAAAUACGAGUGCUGAAAGAGCUGUCUAUACUGAAUCACAAAUAGCACAUUUCUUUUUUGAACUUAUCCAGGCAUGUAUGUACUCCUCGACGGAGGAGAGUUUUCAAGAGGUCGGCAGCAUCCCAGGCGCCAACUGUGAAGUCCAGUCUGAAUUGAGGGUUACCUUAUCCACCUGGCCGGAGGACUGAGACCAUUAAGGUUGGCAGCACGUGUAUAGAGCUGUUGCAUUUUCCUAUAUAAUAAAUAACUAUAAGUACACUAAGUUUUUGUCUAUGAAGUGGGAAAUGUGAUGAGUCAAGCUACUGGAGCACAGAGGAGAAGCUACUUAAGGUUUGGAAUUUUUUAAUUACCAAAACUCUGAAUUGAAUUUUGAUUCAAGUUUUGCUUUAAAUGGUCAGACGUUGUUCCUUUUGUUUUAUUAGUCGCCAUGCAUACUUCACAUCUUGAAUGUUUUGUUUUAUUUUGCAAUUUUAUUUGGCAAAAUGGGUAACCGAGUGGAAAAAAUAUAGCAUGGCAUGGCUCACCAGGUACCAAACCUGGCAGGGUUAGAACUUUUAAGACUGAAAGUCGAGUCUACAUUGUCUUUUCCAACUUAACUCUUUGCUUAAUGAAGCAAAAUGAGAGAAUAGCUCCAUCAUAGAUUCAUAUAAAGUAAUGACUGAUAUAUUUAUCUGGAAAUGGAUCUGAGGUUCUAUGUUUUUUUACUUUCUAUCUGCAUCACAGCAGUAUGAUAUUUCUUAUUUUGUAAUUUUCCUGUCAAUGGAGAUUAUUUACUAAAACCAAUGGCUGGAAUAAUUGGAGACCCAGUGGCUACAUUGGUAUUCACACACACUGAAGUGUGCAUAAUUUAGUUUGCAGUUCCUUGUCGGUAUUGGAUUUGUGCUUGUAAGUAAGCGUGGGCUUGAGACGAAGGCACGUGGGCAGUUUGCAGAUAAAUCACAGGGCUUUAAAUAUCAAGGUCAGGGGGAAGGUAACACAAGAAUGAGAGAUUACCAGCUCAAGAACAUCUGAUCUCCAGACACAAGGCAGGGCAUGGAGAUGGAGAAUGAUUUAAAAAAAAAAUGCACUUUGAUUGUUGAUCUGUUAAAACAUUCUGUUCAGGGAAUAUGUUCAUGUAAAUGCACAGAUCCGUGCUAACCUUCUACAAAGCAAAAUUGUGUUUUCUGUUCAAGUACAAUGUCUGUUAUGGCGUUUAAACAAUUAAUAUGCAUCACACUGUAAACUUGCAGAUCAAACCAAAAUACAAAAUGUGCAUCUGUAAAACUGACAACUGGUGUUAAAUGUGAAAGACACAAAGUAUGUGCUGUAAUAAAAAUCUAUUUUUGCCAU